AGCCUGGUGAGCCGCAGCGUCACUAGCGGUGGCAGACGCUCUCCAGGGGCAGGAGAUGGAUCUUGUUCUCAAUGCUGCAGAUGAUCAUUUUUUUACACCAUACAUAUAUCCAGCCACAUGGCCAGAAGAUGACAUCUUCCGACAAACUAUUAGUCUUCUGAUUGUAACAAAUGUUGGUGCUUAUAUCCUUUAUUUCAUCUGUGCAACUCUGAGCUAUUAUUUUGUCUUUGAUCAUUCAUUAAUGAAACAUCCACAGUUUUUAAAGAAUCAAGUCUAUCAAGAGAUUAUGUUUACUGUCCAGUCACUGCCAUGGAUAAGUAUUCCUACUGUUUUAUUGUUCCUGCUAGAGUUGCGAGGCUACAGCAAAUUAUAUGACAACAUAGGAGAGUUUCCAUAUGGCUGAUUUCAAUUCCUUGUUAGUGUUAUAUCUUUCCUCUUUUUCACUGACAUGCUGAUCUACUGGAUUCAUAGAGGUCUUCAUCAUAAACUUGUAUAUAAGCGUACCCAUAAACCUCAUCAUAUUUGAAAGAUUCCUACGCCAUUUGCAAGUCAUGCUUUUCACCCUGUGGAUGGCUUCCUUCAGAGUCUACCCUACCAUAUAUACUCUUUUGUCUUUCCAUUACACAAGGUGGUUUAUUUAGGUUUGUACAUCGUGGUUAAUAUCUGGACAAUUUCUAUUCACGAUGGUGAUUUUUGUGUCCCCCAAAUCUUAAGGCCAUUUAUUAAUGGCUCAGCUCAUCAUACACACCACCAUUAUGGACAGUGUUUCACAUUGUGGGAUAGGAUUGGAGGCUCAUUCAAAAAUCCUUCCUCAUUUGAGGGAAAAGGACCCAUUGAUUAUGUGAAGAAGAUGACAGAAAAAAAGUGCAACAGCCAUGCAGAUAAUGGUUGUAAAAAUGAAAAAUUACUCAACGGAUUGCUUACAAAGACUGAGUAG